AUGGAAGGGAAGACCAUAUUUGUAACUGUUGGUACUACUCGCUUCGAUGCCCUAGUUCGAGCUGUCGUUGAGGAAGAUACCCUUGCCAUUUUACGAGAAAAGGGCUAUAACAAAAUUACCUUUCAAAUUGGACAAGGGGAAUUUGUACCACCAAAUGGAGAACUCCAGGGAAUCACACUGACACAUUUUCGGUUGAAACCAUCCAUUGCUCAAGAUUUUGCUAAAGCAGACCUUGUGAUCAGUCAUGCAGGUGCUGGGUCUUGCUUGGAGGCACUAGGGGCUGGUAAACCCCUGGUAGCAGUCGUAAAUGAUGCACUAAUGGACAACCACCAAUCAGAACUAGCGGAGCAACUUGCAGACAUUGGGUUUUGUUUCUUUUGUUAUCCAUACACACUGCAAGAGAAGGUUGCCAGCAUGGACAUUACACAACUCAGGCCAUAUGUUCCAGGCCAACCCAGUCAUUUAGCCCAGUAUUUGGCAUCGGUAAUUAAAGUAACGUCAUAA